AUGUUCCCUCCCGAUUCUCCAACUGCCCUUUGCCUCAUUCUCCGUGUAACCCACAGAAUUAUGCAGGCCUUUCCUGGUGAUCACUCUUUCCCUCAACAGCUACCCAGGUUGCUGGACCGAAAAGAUACCGGAGUCAGCAGAGGAGGAGCAGUGCCAGGGACGCCAGCCCAGGUCCUCUGGUGGGAACGCGCCGCCAGUGCUGUCCAGGCGGAGGGGAAUUUGGGAGCCAGCGGAGUUCCCAGCCCCGUGCUCAGCUGCCCAGCUCAGCUCCCAGGGCCGGUUCCAGCCCUUCUUGCUGGUUCCGGGAGCUUCUUCCCCUUCCCUACCCCUAGGCACCUGGGGGAACGCUCUCUCUCUUUCAGAGCUCCGUCGAAGGCGUCUCUGCCUUGCUCCUGUCAAAGGACCUCAGGGUUCACAAAAAGCUUCAAGCUGGACGCCCUGACCACAGAAUCGCCCCUAGGGGCAUUCCCGAAUCCUGGCACCAUGAGCUAUGGGGACGAGCUGACCCCCGAAGCUCUGAGUGUGCCCAGUGGCUUUGAUGACCUGAUCACCUCCACCACCUCCCAGGUGCUGCAGGCCAUGUCAAAUGUCGCUUCUGCCAUGGGCCGAGCUGGCCGCAAUGGCGUGCUAUCCAUGAUAGAAAAGCUGCCAGGCCAAGCUCCCAACUCGGGUGAUCUGGCUGACAAGUCGAGUCCCAUCAGUUCGGAAGUAGUGUCCCAGGACGAGAGCGUGCAAUUCUGGCUAGUGAUAGGGUACACUAUAGUGGUCUUUGCUGCCAUCAUAGGCAACUGGGUCUUAAACCAUGUAAUUAUGAAGUACAAGAGGGUGCACACGGCAACUGGCCUCUUCGUCGUCAACAUUUCCGUGACCAACAUGAUGCUGGCUCUUCUUAGUUCUCCCUUCACUAUGGUGCGCUAUCUGUGUAAUUCCUUAGUGUUUGGGAAGAUGACAUGCCACCUCAGUCGCUUUGCUCAGUACUCUUGUGCCUAUGUUACUGUGAUGACCAUGGCUGCUAUUUCUCUGGAUCGACAUCGGGUGAUGCUUUACCCCCUGAAGUCCCGGAUUACUCCCAUGCAAGGCAACGUUUGCAUCAUCCUCAUCUGGAUUGUGAGCACCUGUGCUGCUUUGCCACAUGCUGUUUACCAGAAGCUUUACCAAGUCGAGAUUGGAAACAUAACUGAGGAAACUGCCUGCCUCCCCAGUUUCCCAUACACGUCAGAAUCCACAUGGAAGUACCUUGACCUGGGCACCUUUCUGAUCUUUUUCAUUUUGCCAUUGAUGGUGCUGGUGGUUGUGUAUGGUCAUGUGGCAAAGAAGCUGUGGAUCCAUAAUGCUGUUGAUGACAUCAAUAUUCACACCUACAUCUGCCAGCGAGGAAAGAAGAAGCAGACCCUGAAGAUGCUGAUGACAGUGGUGCUUGUCUACACGAUCAGUUGGCUCCCCCUCAACCUGUACUUAGUGCUGCUUUCUAGUGAAUCAAUCUCAAGCAACAAUGGUCUCUACUUUUUCCUCCACUGGCUAGCAAUUAGCAGCUCCUGCUACAACCCCUACAUCUACUGCUGGCUCAGUGACAGCUUCCGGAUUGAAGUUCAGAAGGUCAUCAUGGAAAUCCAGAAGAUGAUCCUAGAUGGAAUUAGCCGCCUGAGGGGAGAGCACCGCCGACUGAGCUCUGUCUCACCCACCCAACGUCCUGCCUGGGUGGAUCCCAAUCCAGGAGUGCCCAAAUUCCCACGAUUCAAAGAUUUUGAUGAGCUACCCAGCCCCCCUCCUUCCCCACGGGUGGAAAUCUCUUUCCUCUACCCAUCAGUGCCUAGAGUUUAA